AUGGGCUGCAAGGGGUCGAAGCACGCGCUGCAUGGGGGCUGCAGUGGGCUGCCGGCGGCGCGACCGCCGGAGCCGCAUCAGCAAAGGCGCUCAUCGGGCCGCCUGCAGGCGCCGCCGCGGCACUCCGUCGCGCUGCGGUCGUCCACGCUCGGGACGCUCAGCCUCGACCGCGCCGCGGCGGCCGUCGCGGCAGCGGGCGUCCUUUCUUUCGACGCUGCCGCAGGAGGAGGAGGAGGACGAGGCGGCGGGGACGACGACGACGAGGGGAUGAUGAAGGCCGGCAACGACGUCGUCGAUGGCGGCGCAGGGACGAUGACGAAGCUGCUGCUGGGGCCGCCGUCGCGGUCGUUCGGCGGGUGUUGGUUCCCGACGGCGCCACCGCCCGUGGCGGCGGCGGCGCCGCAGCCGAAGCGGCAGAAGCGGGUGGUGGUGGCGGGGGCGUCGAGGGUCGUCGCCGCGCCGCCGCGGACGCCGAACAAGACGCCGGUGCGCGACCCCGAGGAGAUCAACGUGUGGGAGCUCAUGAAGGGGCUCGACGACGACGAGGAGGAUGAUGAUGAAGAGACGGACGACGGCUGCGUCGUCCACGGCGCCCGCGGUGAGCGGAAUAAGGCGCGGUCGGCGUCCGGGUCCCCCCCGAUGUUCGACCCGGAACUCCUGGACGCGUUCCGGAAGGCGCUCGACGACCUGGCGACAACACCUGACUCGCCUCUUCCUGAUGAUUUCGUCAAACGCGACGGAGGCGGCGGUGACGUCGAGAAGCGCGCCGAAAUUCAGACGUUCCCGGGCACCGUACGGGCACGGGUCGACGUGUUCCAGGAAAAGAUCAACGCCAAGACGAAGCUAGCAGCCAAGAAGGCCUCGCCGCCGCCGCCGCCGGAGAGCGCGGGCCGGGUCGUCGUGUACCUCACGAGCCUCCGCGGGAUCCGGCAGACGUACGAGGACUGCUGGUCCACGAGCGCGAUCCUGCGCGGCUACGGCGUGCGCGUGGACGAGCGCGACCUGUCCAUGCACGCGGGGUUCAAAGACGAGCUCCGCGCCGCGCUCGGCGAUGACGGAGGCCGCCGCCUGCCGCAGGUGUUCGCGGACGGCCGGCACCUGGGCGGUGCCGAGGAGGUCCGCAGCCUGCACGAGGCCGGGGAGCUGGCGUCGGCCCUCGCUGCCUGCGACGCGCCGUGCGCCACCAAGGGAGGCGCCGGCGCGCAGGACUACGCCUGUGCUGGCUGCGGCGGAUUGCGGUUCGUGCCGUGCGACGGGUGCUCUGGCAGCUGCAAGGUGUUCGUGGAGGACGAGGAUGGCUCCGGUGGCGGAGGAGCGUUCAGGCGGUGCCCGAGGUGCAACGAGAACGGGCUAGUGAAAUGCCCCGUUUGCUAG